AUUUCCUCUUGGAUAUUUUUCGGUGCUCUGAGGCUUCACCGCCGCGGUAUGCAGUUCAUGGCGAGCCAGGCCGGAGACUACUCGCUGGUGGAGAUUAGAAAGAAAAAACUAAGCGGCCAGAGGAAGAGGCUUGAUGAGCUUGAAAGAGAGGUCUCUACGCUUCAAAACAAGCUGAAUCAAGAAGAAAAAGUGCACGAAAUUUUGGAGCAUGUUAACAAUCAACACAACGGGUCUUUCACUAAUAUACCAAACUUCCUUCCUCCCAAGAUGAAGGAGCUCCUAGCAGAGUUGGCUAUGGUUGAAGAUGAGAUUGAAAGACUUGAGGGCCAAAUAAGUAAACUUAAACUUGGACUGAAGCAAGAACAGGAAGUGAACAAGGAAUCAAAAUCAAAACAAUGGCGAUACGGUUCUCCACUCCGUCCAGGUCCCGGGGGUCAUUCAUCCUCAUUCACAUUCCCAAGCCCCAUGCAUAAUGGUGUUCAUAGUGAUAGGAUGGCAUAUGAAACCAAGACAUUGCACUUCAUAAGCAAAGCCAUAAAAGGUGACUAUAAUCUUAAUGACUUUAGUCUAAAUGAGAGAAGGGGAAUGAACUUCAAAGCAUUUGGUGAUCAGAAAGAGAAUUAUUUCCAUGAAGAGGUCAAGAUACAAGAAAGGGUUCCAAGGAAAAGUGGAAUGUUGAAGCCAGCUUCUCCCAUGAGAGAUCCAAGAAAUCCAUCACCCAGGCCAACACGAAAUCCGGGAAUGCCUUUAGAUCACCUCCCUCCAAAGCCUGUAUCUGCUUCAAUUCACUCAGAAGAGAACAUCCAGAAUUGGCAACCCAACAAGCUAUCUGAGGAAAUCCUGAAGUGUCUGAAUUUCAUAUACAUUAGGCUGCUUAGAACAACAAGGACAAUGGAACUAGAGAAGUCAGGUCCCAUUUCAAGGUCUUUGCACUCUUCCUUAAGCUCAAGAAGCUUCAGAGUUGAGGCUGGUUCGAACUUGAAGGAAUCAAGGCAACAAGACCCUUAUGGUAUCUUCAAUGUGGAAGAGUCAAUUCCAAGGGACAUUGGGCCUUACAAGAACUUGGUUAUGUUCACCGCGAGUUCUAUGGACCCGAAAUGCGUUUCGAGUCCUAGUUCUCUUCCUCUACUAAGAAAGUUAAGGCAAUUGAUGAACAUUCUACAGACGGUGGAUUUGAGAAGCUUGACAUACCAACAGAAGUUAGCGUUCUGGAUCAACAUGUACAAUGCUUGUAUCAUGCAUGGAUUUCUCCAAUAUGGAGUGCCAUCUUCCCCGGAAAAACUGCUUACAUUGAUGAACAAGGCAAUUCUCAACAUAGGAGGCAACAUCAUUAAUGCUCAAGCCAUAGAGCAUUACAUUCUGAGGAAAUCAGCACCUUCAAGCAUGAAAGAGGCUUAUAAGAACGGCGAGAAAGACGACAAAGAAGCCAUUGUUCGUGAACUUUACGGACUCGAAUCCACAGAUCCUAAUGUCACAUUCGCUCUCUGUUGCGGAACCCGUUCUUCUCCUGCUGUGAGAAUGUACACAGCUGAGAGUAUUGUGGCUGAGUUGGAGAGAUCAAAACUGGAGUAUCUUCAAGCUUCAGUCAUAGUGACGAGCACAAAGAAGAUUGCAUUGCCAGAAUUACUGCUAAGAAAUCUGCUUGAUUUUGCAGCAGACAAGGAGUUAUUGGUUGAGUGGGUAUGCCACCAAUUGCCUACAUCUGGGUCACUGAGAAAGUCAAUAGUGGAUUGCUUCAGAUCCCACAGCAGUGGGAGAGUAACUAGCGCUACUGUGGAGAAAAUACCUUAUGAUUAUGAGUUCCAAUAUCUAUUGGCUAUAUAA